CCUUUUCUCAAAAUUAGGGGGAGCCAUUUUUGGCCAGCAGAAUUCUCCACAAAAAGUUGUAUCAAAUAUUCGUGGAUACCUUUCGAAUCGAUUAAGUGGAGCAAUACCAGACACAGGAUGGAAGGACUCAAUACUCUCGAUUCCCAAGAAAUGGCUCUCGACGUCAGAAGAUGUCGACGAAUUUGGAUUUCCAAAGACUCUACCAAAAGUUCCGGUGCCACCAUUAGAUCAAACCAUGACCGAAUAUUUACGAGUCCUUGAACCAAUAACAACACCAGCUCAAUAUGAGCGAACCAAAUCCAUCAUAAAACAAUUUACAUCACCAAAUGGUCUUGGGCCUCGACUGCAGGAAUAUCUUCAGCAAAAACGUGAGAAUGAAGAUAAUUGGGCCUACAAUUACUGGCUCAACGACAUGUAUAUGGAUGUAAAACUUCCACUGCCCAUCAACUCGAAUCCAGGAAUGGUUCUACCGCCACGUAAAUUUACGACUGUUCACGAUGUUGCAAGAUUUGCAGCUAGGAUUGUGGAUGGCAUCAUGGAUCACCUGGAACUUCUUGAAAGCGGAACCAUACCGGUGGAUCGUUGUACAUCUCGCGAGAAAAACCAACCGCUAUGUAUGGCCCAGUAUUACCGUCUUCUCGGAGGAUGCCGUCGACCAGGCAUUGAACGUGACUCUCAGUUCCUUCCAGAGAGUAGUCCUGAUCAACAUGUUAUCGUUGUAUGCCGUAACCAAAUGUACUGCGUACCUAUCCGUGCUGGUGAUCGUGGUCGUCUAACUGAAAAUGAAAUAGCCUCCCAAAUUCUGUUCAUCUUGGGUGACGCUCCGUGCCUCCCGGUCCGACCUCCACCAGUUGGUCUUCUUACCGCAGAACCAAGAAACAAAUGGGCACAGGAUCGAAACACACUUCUACUGAAUGACCAAAACUGUCGUAACAUCGAACUCAUCGAAAGAGCUCUAAUUCUACUUUGCCUAGACGAACCAAUUCCAAACACUUUCAAUGCUCGCGGAUUCAACGGAGCCAAAUACGCAGGACAUAUGGCUGGAACACGCAACGAAACCAAUAUGGCGCACGAAAUGAUCCACGGUGGGGGCAGUGAGUAUAACACGGCAAAUCGGUGGUUUGACAAGACAAUGCAGAUCAUAUUAUCCAAUGAUGGAACUUGGGGUCUUUGCUAUGAACACUCGCCAUCUGAGGGCAUUGCGGUUAUCCAACUUUUAGAAAAGAUUUACAAGAAAAUUGAUUCAAUGCCACUUGAAGAGGAGGGGGUUACCGCAACAUCAUUUACCGCCCCCGAACGAUUGGAAUGGAUUAUUGCACCCGAAAUUAGCAGGAGGUUUACGGAAGCUAGCAAAGCGUUGAUAGGAUGAUAGGACGAUUUUGAUUUCUAUCUAUACCGUUUCAAUCACUAUGGAAAAACCUUCAUCAAGAAAGCUCAAGUCAGCCCAGAUGCAUACAUACAACUCGCGUUGCAAUUGGCUUACUUUAAGUUGUAUGGGCAUCUCGUAUCCACAUACGAAAGCUCAACUAGAAGAUUUGUGUUGGGACGCGUGGAUUGUAUUAGGUCAGCUAGUACUGAAGCUCUAGAAUGGGCCAAAGCCAUGUGUCAAGAUGAAGGAGCCAAUGUUCCCUUGGAAAGCGAUCGUGAAGAUGAGGGAGACAAAAAGGAAGACAUGAGAAAAGUGAAAUUCAGUAUAUACAGUAAAGACCAUCUUCGUGAACUAUUCCGCUGUGCUGUAGCUCGUCAAACUGAAGUUAUGGUGCAAAAUAUCUUAGGUCAUGGCAUAGACAUCCAUCUGCUAGGGUUACGUGAGGCCAGCAAAGAGCAGCUAGGAUCUUUUCAUGAACUUUUCACCGACGAUAGUUACAAAAUUGCCAAUUGUUUCUUACUUUCAACAAGCCAGGUCGCCUGCACAACAGACAGCUUUAUGGGCUACGGUCCUGUUACACCGCGUGGCUAUGGAUGUUCCUAUAAUCCCCGUCCCAAUGAAAUUGUAUUCUGCGUAUCGGCCUUCUACUCCUGCGAAGACACGAGUGCAUCACGCUACGCCAAAUCCCUCCAGGAAUCACUUGAUAUGAUGAAGGAUCUUCUGGAAACAUAAUUUGAAUAGUGAGCGGUCACUAGUUUUGGAAAAAAAAAUUAGAAAAUUUGAAAUUCAUGACUUUGGAAGAUAUUUUUAUUUGACAAAUUGAAAAAUGAAUACUUCCCACGUGAAGGGAGUGUUUUUGCAGUUUUUGGUAGCUUGAGUGGGUAAUUAUAAAGUAUCUGUGGAGUUUGCCGUGUUACGUAGCGAAAUUUAUGUGAAGGUUUAAUAAAUCCGCUCUGACUGACGGAAAAUUUAAUACAUAUCAAUGGAAUGCCUUCAAUGGAAAUUUGAAAUACAUAUCUUAUAUUGUAAGCAAAGCUAUGGAUGUACGAAUAGUUAUAUUAAUGUCGAAUUAUUAGUAAUCAUACAAUGAACAGUGAAUUAGACUACAGGAGUUUUAAUAGCGUAGAAACUAUUAGAGAAUUUUAUAGCAGUUUUGUCAGUUAUAUUUCGUCCAGGGAAGAUUUUGAGAAAAAAUUAACUUUAAGAAUCAAAUUGGAUUAUUUGGAGGUGAAUACCAAACAAUAUUUUAAACCCAUAAUAAUUUUCAAAAAUGUAUAAUUAAAAGCGAACGCCAUUCAAUAUUAUUUAUAAAUAGUAAAUAAUUGAAAGUUUUAAAAUCCGCUCAUUUGAUCGGUAACACAAUUGAAUAAUUUUUAUUAUCACUUUUGAGAUAAGCUACGAGAUAAGCAAAUAAAACUAUUUCUUAAAAUAUUUGUCUUAAUGGAAAAAAAAUCGAUUAUGCAACAUUAACUUCUUAUCUGGGAAAAAUAUAACUGAACAAAAUGAAAAAACAAUAAAAUAUUGAGCAUUCCUAUUUACAAAACCAAAAUAAAUUAGUAUCAACGCACUUGCAGCGUAUUGGGAGCCAUUGGCAUAUUAAAAAACGAAUAAAUAAUUGACCCAAAUUUCCUAAGCAUUUGGAGGUAUAAAUUUAUUAUUAUACAUAUAUUAAAUUUUAUUUUGAACUUCGAUCUUUACUGCUAGGUAUUAUAUUUUAAAUAAAGAGCAAGUUCUUACCUUCCUUCCAGUGGUCGCAAGGAAUUACCUUGAUGAAAGAUGAUUGACACUUCAACUAUAAAAAAAAAACUUAAAAAAUUUAUCACAAAUGAAUAUUUUACGGAUUUUUUUUCUAUGAUAUGUUGUCACCCCAAAACGAACAAAUCCAUUCCAAUAGGGUAUAGCUCCUUAGCUUAAUAUUUGAUUGGUUAUAAAAUAUUUAUUGUGUUUAUGUUACUUCAUUUUUUUUUAUUUUUAUAUUUCAUGAAUAACUUCGAUCACCGAUUUUAUUACUACUUACAUAAAUAUAUUUAAAUGUAUUUCCAAAUUUAUUCAUUCUUUCAUUUGCCCAAAAGUUUAUUUUUCAUCCUUUACGUUCAUUCACUUUUCCAUUAAUUGAACUACCUAUUUGUUCAAAAAUUUAGUAAUAUUUUCCUUAGUUGGAUUUUUUAUUUGAUUAUAUUUUUAUUAUUGAUCUUUUAUUCUGUUUAUUGAGUUGUUAUUCUAUUCAUCAUAGGCUUAUCAUAGUCAUUUAUGAAUUUAUUCACUUAUUUUGAGAUAUACCAUCUGACUCAUUAUUUGCUCAAUUAUUUCUGUUAUAAUACACGAAAAUAAAGUGUUUCUCUUGUUUGUUGCGUAUUUUCUUUAACUUGUAUUUUCAAUCACACAUUAAUUUAUAUUUAUAUUUAUGUACGAUGUUUAUUCAUUGAUAUUUCAUACUAAUUUUUAUUACUUUUUAUGUUUUAUUAGCAGUUUCGUUAGUUUUUUACUGAAUGAUUUCGCUUUGUUUAUUGUUGUUUGUACUUUUAUUCAUAUUAAACUAUUUUUAAAUUCAUUCGUUCACGUUGUCAUAAAUCUUGUUGUUGUUUGAUUUAUUCAUUAUAUGCUGAUUUCCUAGUUUAUUUGUUUUUUUGCCACAUUAAUUUGUUUGUGUGGUUAAUCCUUUACCUAUUUUCUUAUAAUAUUUUAUAUCCAUUUAUUGCAUCAUAUAUUUAAAAUAAGCUUAUUUUUUCGUAGUAUUUUCAUAUAUUCCAUUUCCUUGUUUAAAUUGAAAGCAAUGAUUCCUAAAGAUACUUUUUGUUGGGCCUUUUCAAGCCUACAGUUUUAGUAAAAGGUAUUCCUUUCUUCAAUAUCAGGUGGACUUUAGUACUGAAACGAGCUCAGAAAGCUUAUACCACUUUUGGAGGUAUCUACGCGUAUAUGAUAAUCUAUUAAUCAUGAUGAUUUAUUAAUUAUAUUGUAAUAAAUUUUAAACAGAAAAUUAAUCGAAGUACCUGGGACUGUUUUGCAACUGGAAGGAAACAAUAAUAGAAUUUGGAUUAAAAAGAAAUUAAAUAAACAAAAAUUCUGUCUUAUGGAACUGUUUUCCAGCGACAAAUAAUUUCCCCUAUUUUAACACCCCAAUAUUUUCAAAAUAGCUUUAAUUGUUAAACAAUUUCUGGCACAAUUUGCCUCUAAGCGACACGCUUCAUCCCCAAAGGAUUAAAAAAUGUUAUUAUUCCUAUUAGAAAUUUAUCCAUUUAGUUAAAACGAUUUACAGUUUGAUGUAGACUAUGUUGAGCUUCAUAUCAGUUUAGUAGUUCAAAACAAACACUAUUGCGAGUACUAUGAGUACACCUAAAAUGAAGCGCAACAAUAUCUAAAUAUAAAUUUGUGACAAUUUACCACAACGUUAGAUAAUAGAGAUGAAAAUUAAAACAUAUCAUGUUUGAUGUAGUUGACAAGGGUUUUAAAAAGUAAUAAUAAAAGUUUUAUAGCUUGAAGCUAAACACUGUGCAUGCACACAUAGACAAAUUAAUGAUGUAUUAAUCGAAUGAUGAAGUAUUAUGUGUUAAAAACAUAUUAAACGAAUAAUCUUGAAGAAUGUUAGAUGUCAAUUAUAAAAUAUAAAACGGAAAGCAAAGGUCAUGUUACAUAUGUUAGAGAUUUUAUCGAAUGUUUGAUGUUCUCGUUUAUUGGUGCAAAAUAAAAUUAAAGAAAUAAGAAUACUUAA